GACAAGCCACCCGUCUUACUUACUGGAAACGGAGCUCCGAUCGCCAAUAAAACAGCAAGUCUUACAGUUGGGCCACGAGGACCUUUACUUCUACAAGAUUUUGUGUACCUGGAUGAACAGACGCAUUUUGAUAGAGAAAGAAUUCCAGAGAGAGUUGUCCACGCUAAAGGCGCAGGUGCAUUCGGUUGCUUUGAAGUUACUAAUGAUAUUACGCAAUAUACGAGAGCUAAAAUAUUCUCAAAAAUUGGCAAAAAAACUCCUAUAGCCGUACGUUUUUCUACUGUAGGCGGAGAAAGUGGAUCGGCCGACACAGUGAGAGAUCCACGCGGUUUUGCUGUGAAAUUUUAUACCGAGGAAGGAAUAUGGGAUCUUGUUGGAAACAAUACUCCAAUCUUUUUCGUGAAAGAUCCUCUACUUUUUCCAAGUUUCAUUCACACACAGAAACGAAAUCCAGUAACUCACUUGAAAGAUAUGGAUAUGUUUUGGGAUUUUCUUUCACUCCGACCUGAAUCAACUCAUCAAGUUAUGAUAUUAUUUAGUGAUCGUGGUAUACCCGAUGGUUAUCCUCAUAUGAAUGGAUAUGGUUCUCAUACAUUUAAACUUGUUAAUAAUAAUAAUGAGUUUGUUUAUUGUAAAUUUCAUUACAAGCGGUAGUACAUUCCUGCAACU